AUGCGAUUUUACCACAGAAAGCUCGGGGAAGGAGGAUUUGGCUCGGUAUAUGAAGGAACACUGAGUAAUGGCACCAAAAUAGCUGUGAAGCAUCUGGAUGGUCUAGGUCAUAUGAUGGAAUCAUUCUUAACAGAAGCAAAGAUAGUCGGUGGCAUUCACCACGUCAAUCUGGUAAAACUCAUUGGAUUUUGUGCUGAAAAUAGCCAAAGGCUUCUGAUCUAUGAACACAUGGUAAAUGGAUCAUUAGAUAGGUGGAUUUAUCAGAAAAAUCAAGAAAAUGGGCUUACAUGGCAUGCAAGGCGAAGGAUAAUAACAGAUAUUGCCAAAGGGUUAGCUUAUCUUCAUGAUGAAUGCAGCCAGAAGAUAAUUCAUUUAGACAUCAAACCACAAAACAUACUUUUAGACCAAGGUUUCAAUGCUAAGAUCUCUGAUUUUUGGCUGUCGAAACUGAUUGAGAAAGACAAAAGCAAAGUUGUAACUAGGAUGAGAGGAACACCAGGGUAUUUGGCCCCUGAAUGGUUGAGGUCGGUAAUCACUGAGAAAGUAGACGUGUAUGCCUUUGGAAUUGUGCUCUUGGAAGUUCUCUGUGGGCGAAAGAAUUUGGAUUUGUCCCAGGCUGAUGAAGAUGUCCAUUUAUUAAGUGUUUUUGAAAUAAAAGUGGAGCAACAGCAGCUUAUGGAUAUUGUUGACAAAAACAAUGAGGAUAUGCAGAUCCACAAAGAAGCAGUGACAGAAAUGAUGAGCAUUGCUGCAUGGUGUCUACAGGGAGAUUUCACAAAGAGGCCUUCCAUGUCAUUGGUGGUUAAGGCAUUGGAAGGUUUUGUGUCUGUUGAAACAAACUUGGAUUACGAUUUCACAAGCCUACCUGAGGUUGCGGCAGACAACCAACAGAGGGAAGACACUAUCAGUUUAAUGUUGCCUUCAAUUAUAUCCGGGCCAAGGUGAACAAUGCUUCAUCACCUGAUCCAUCUUUCUCUUUUACAUACUGUUUCCCAAAUUUUUCUUACCUCAGCUUUGACUUUGUUAGCAUCGACAUUUGGCUAACAUGUAAACUAUGUCAUAAUGUAAAAGGAAAACUAAAGUAGCUUUAUUUUACUUGUAUGUGGUAUUUGUAGCUAAGAGUGUAAUGCAAUGUAUAUGGUACUUGUUCGAAUUUUCUAAUAGUUACUAAUAGAAUUUUAUUUUCUAAUU